UCGUCCGAGGUGUACCGAGUGAAGUCGGAAUUUGAUUGGGUGCCAUUCAAAAACUAGCGGGGGUGUCGUGUAGAGUGAAAACAAAAUAGAGAAUGCCAAAGUAGUUUAUCGACGAUAUUGUAACAUUUCAACAAGGACUACACAAACAUGCCGAAGAUGGAAGGAAAAUUGUCACUCUUGGCGAGUUAUGAUGACAUUAUGAGAAAAUCAAGGGUUCUAAAAGCAGGAGAUGAAGCAGAAUUCCGAAGAUUUGUUCAGAACCAGGAACAAUGUCGAAUAAAAUGGCACAGUUUGGAGGUAGAGGUAGAUGCCUUACAAGAGAGGAUUCGUCGCUUGGAAGCCGAAAACAGUGGACUUAAUUUAAAACUUAAACAUGCUCGAGGUCAGAUAGAAGAAGAACUUGAAAAACGGCAAUUCCUUGAGCAUGAAAGAGACGAACAGGAGCGACAGAUAGGGCUCAUCAGGGAGCUUUUAAAUGACCGCAACGGUAGAAACACACUCAACGAGCAGGAGAGAGAGAGGCUGUUCAUGCUGAGCACGACUCACAGAUCACACCUAGAAGGAUCUCCAUCCAAAAGGAAGUCAGAAGUAUCUCACCAGGAGAGGAAAAGAUUACGGACAAUCAACGAGUCGGCCCAUUCCAUGUUGUCAGACGAUGAAUACGACAAAACGGAAGACGACCUCCAUACAACAUACCUCAGAAACGGCAGGAAAAUCAAGAGACCUUCUGCCCCUCCUAUGGAAGAAGAGCUUCCUAAGAAAAGGAAAAGCGGAGAUGAAAGAGAUAACUCCAUCAUCACCACGACAACGGUGACUAUUGGAGCAGACGGGGCACCUGUUGCCGCGGAAACAGAAGUCAAGACCGUCAAGACUCUAAAUAAGAGCUUCAGUGAGCCAGCCCUGGACAAACACAUGCCAGCACCAUGCAGAGAUGCAGACAGUGAACCUGAGUCGGAGGAUUCAUAUUAUGGGACUCCCCGUAACAAUAACAACAAGCGAAGAAAAUCCCGCGGGAUCCUUAAAACCACUCCCUCAGAAACACCAGUUUUACGCAAGGCCCACUCAGCCAGCAAAGGGUUGAACAGGGUCCAUGUUUUCAUGUCAAAAACAGUCAUCAAACCAGAGAACUGUGUACCAUGUGGAAAGAGAAUCCGGUUUGGUAAGCUGGCCAUGAAAUGCAAAGACUGUCGGUCCACCUGUCACCCUGACUGCAAGGAUAACCUCCCCUUGCCUUGUAUACCUUUGGCCCCAGGCACACCUGGAGGAAACAAGCUUGUGGGGGGGGUCAUGAGUGAUUUUGCUCCCCUAGAAAGGCCCAUGAUACCUGCCAUUGUGGUGCACUGUGUUAAUGAAGUGGAGGCCAGGGGAUUGAAUGAAGUGGGCAUUUACAGAGUUCCAGGUGCUGAUUCACAAGUCAAAGAAUUAAAGAAGGAAUUUAUGAAAGGGAAAGGAGUGCCAAAUUUGUCCCACAUAGACGACAUUCACGUGGUGUGCGGCUGUCUGAAGGACUUCCUGCGGGGGCUGAAGGAGCCACUGGUCACCUUCGGACUGUGGAGGGACUUUGUAGGAGCCGCAGAGAACAGGGACCGUGCACUGGGUCUGUCAGAGAUGUACCAGGCCAUCAGUCAGCUCCCCCAGGCCAACAAGGACACCCUGGCCUUCCUCAUCCUCCAUCUCCUCAGAGUUGGAGAUAUCCCAGACUGUAAGAUGCCCCUGACCAACCUGGCCAAAGUGUUUGGCCCGACCAUCAUCGGGUACUCUGUCGCUGACCCCGAACCUCUACAGAUGAUCAACGAAACCAAGUACCAGGCCAUGGUGAUGGAGAAGAUGUUCGAGAUCCCAGUGGAUUACUGGGAGUCCUAUCUGAAUGUGGACGAGGAGAACAUAUACCCCAACCAGUACAACACCCCGCAGACCCCGGACGGUGCUAUGCCCCACAGUAGACUUGGCCCCCUCCACACCCCAGGGUCCCAGGACUUCCGCAGCAAGACCUGGGGCAAGAGUUCCUUCACCCCCAAUAAGGGCAAGAAAGGUCGUCUACUCCCACCUCUAGUUCCCAUGCCACGCUCGGUCAGCGAGUCCAAGAUCUAGACUCAGUACAGGUUCUCCAGCAAGAGCAACCAUGUCAGCAAGAAGCCCAGCCAUUUCUUUUCUUCACCAAAACUCAACUGAAGACACCCACGAAUUCAUCGGUCAAUUCUCUCUUCACCAAGCACAGCGGGAUACAUUUAGAUGUCUUCAAGUCAUUUCUCUUGUUUAAUGAAAACUCAUCUGGUGUUGCUUACGUCCAGGCGUAUUCCAAGUUACAAAUUCUACAAAAAAUUUUGACUUUCAAUGGAAAUUUGAAGAAGUUUUAAAUUACAGAACUAAGGCUUAACGACUUCUAAUAAUUUUUUGACAAGCUCUAUUUGUUUUAUGUUAAGUCAUCCCUACCAUUCUACCAUAACAAAACAGUUGUACAUAUUGUUACUCUUCAACGUAUCUACCCCAUACUGAAAAGCAUCAUGAUACAACGUAUCAUAUCAUCGGUAUAUCAUAUGAUAUUUACUCCUGCGUAUCCACCAUGUGUGUUCAAGGCUUUUUACCUACUUAAAGUCUAUCUAGGGUACAGACGAUGUAUAUAUAGAUAUAUAAAUGUAUAUUUCAUGUAUAUAUUUCUGUAUAGUUUCCAGUGUAUGCCCUUUGUUUUAUGUAGAACUGCUAGGGUCUGGAGGGCUAUCCCCUCAUUGGGUGUACAUAUUUUAGUAGCAGUAGUUUUAGAAUCAUGUCAUAGGAAAUUCUUACAUGAAUUUCAACUUUCCCCAUUUUUUUAAUACACAGUAAGUUUUUAAAUAUUUGCAAGAGUAAAUUCAUAUGUAUAUAUAGUUUAAGCUAGAGGAAGUUUGAAACCCCCACCCUACCCCAUUUAUAGUACAUAUAUGUAUUAAAAGAUACUAGUAUACUUGUACAUUGUACAUACUUUUUUUUUUAUGUCAAAUGUAAACUUAAUCACAACAACUAAAUUUAUGCUGUCACAUGAUUCUUAGUCUUGUCUUUCUUCUUUCCUAUCUUCUCUUGAAACUGUCCAUAUAUGUACUUGUACCCCUAUAAAUAAAUUAAAAAAAAAAGAAAAAGAAAAACUGCAAUCAAUGAUUUUAAAAAUAUUUUUGAAGUCUAAAAGCUUGAGAUGAAAAACCAUGGUUAUAAGAAAUUUUCAGAUUUCAAACAAAUUUUAAUUUCUGUGUGAAGUUUUUGUGUACUGUCAGACAGAAAAAAUAAAAUAUUUUUAAGACA